AUGAAUUCCACCAUUGAAGGUAAAAUAAUCUCGGUGCAAAGAACAAUUAAGGAAUUAAAUUUGAAACCAUUCAAAUUGAAAAAAGCACAAAAGUUAACAACAUCAAACAAACAACAACGUGUUAGUUGUGCAAAAAAAUUAAUACGAAAAUUUGGUGCGAGAAAAAAUGAUCAUAAAUGGCAAUGGGACAAAAUUGUUAAUAUUGAUAUUUCUGGAAUAUUUACAAUUGAAGGUUUUCACAAUAGCAAAAAUGAUGUAAUUUAUGCUGAAGAGUCAUCUGAAAUUCCUGCUGAUUUAAGAGAAGCAUCAAUAGUAAAAUAUCCAAGCGGUGUUAUGUUUUGGGGUGCGAUUACCACGAAAGGCUUGAUAUCUCAAGAUGGUCCUAUCAAUUUUACUCAAUGGUUACGAGAUCAAUGUCCACUGGAUAAACGUAAAAGAAUGUACAUGAUUGGUGAUUUAUAUGCUAAAUUUUUACGUGAAGAAGCUAUUUCGACAAUUAAUGAAGUGGUGGAAAAUCUGAACGAAGUCAUAUUCCAAGAUGAUCAAGAUUCCAAACAUCGAACGAAAACAGCUAUGGAUGUUGUAAAUGAUUUCUUUGAAGAAAGAAUCGAACCAAAUGAUGGAGAUGCUAAAUUUGCAGAUGUGUGGCCCAUUGAAAACAUUUGGGGGAUUAUGGAUGAAAAAACAAGAGGAAAAACAUUUGAAAAUAUUGAUUCGUUAGUUGAUUUUAUUAAUUCGGAAUGGCGAAAAAUUACACCUGAGCAAUGUAAAGCAAUGAUAGAUAACAUACCUAAACGCCUUGCAAAAGUGAUCCAAUUCAAUGGAAAUCAAGUUUAUGAACAUUGA